AUGGAUCAAAUGAUGUUGGACUCGGACGACCCUCUUCGGAGGCGUCAGCCAUUCACGGAUGCCUCGAGCAGAAUUAACCACAGCAAAUCACCAAAGGUGGAGACACCUCGCGUCAAAGUGGAGGAAUUCGACCAGCUCAAGACCCCUGAUCGAAUGUCGGUGGUCAUGAGCCCGACGCCAGGAGAAAAGGAAAACCAACGAUUAUCAGUUGCUACGGACUGGCAAACUGAGUCAGCACGGAAUUCAGUCGUCUCUGCAGCUUCUAUCUUGUCGGGGAAAGGAAAAAGAAAGACACAUGUUGGUCCAUGGCAGUUGGGCAGGACCUUGGGUAAAGGUGCGACUGGUCGAGUCCGACUGGCCAAACACGCGGUCACUGGGCAGACAGCGGCAAUCAAGAUCGUGUCAAAGAAGUCUGCCGCUAUGGUACAGAGCGAAAGUAUUGCCGCAAUGGAUCGUAACUCCAGCAAUUUCGCGGGAUUCUCGAACACCCGACAGAUGCCUUGUGGAAUUGAGCGGGAGGUUGUGAUAAUGAAGCUGAUCGAACACUCCAACGUCAUCAGCUUGUAUGACGUUUGGGAGAAUCGCGGAGAACUGUAUCUUGUUCUGGAAUACGUUGAAGGAGGCGAGCUGUUUGACUACGUCUCUCAAAAUGGACCACUCCCCGAAGAAGAAGCUGUUCGAUUAUUCCGCCAGAUCAUUGCUGGUCUGGGAUAUUGUCAUAGAUUCAACAUUUGCCACCGAGACUUGAAGCCUGAAAAUAUCUUGCUCGAUGGUAACCAUAAUGUUAAACUGGCAGAUUUUGGUAUGGCUGCGCUCCAGCCUGCAGGUCACUGGCUCAAUACUUCCUGUGGAAGUCCUCAUUAUGCAGCUCCGGAGAUUAUUUACGGUCGGAAGUAUCGUGGUGAUAGAGCCGACAUGUGGAGUUGUGGUAUCAUUUUGUAUGCUCUUUUGACUGGAUAUCUGCCAUUCGAUGGCGGUGACUUGCCCAACACAUUGCGGCUUGUGAAGAAAGGCGAAUACAUGAUUCCCCAGGAGCUGAGUUGUGAGGCGGCCAACCUGAUCACCAGGAUUUUGCAGAAGCGACCGGAGGACCGUAUCUCUAUGCCGGAAAUUUGGGCCCAUCCCCUCUUGACAAAGUAUGAAAAGUUGCAUAAUGCCAUGGCCGACUACUACAUCGGGCCGCCUCCGCCGUUGUCCAUCAAGGACUGUGGUGCCCCGGUGACUAGCCGCAGCGAGAUUGACAUGGACAUUCUUCGAAACCUGCAGACUUUGUGGCACGAUGUCAAGCCAGAGGGCUUAAUACAAAGAGUAAUGUCGCUUGAGCCCACACACGAGAGAAUGUUUUACAACUCUCUUGUCAAGUUUCGAGAUGAACAACUGGAAAACUACCAGGGACAGCCAUUAGAGUAUUCUGCUAGCGACUACCACCACAUUUCAAAAUUUGGUGAAAGAGCUCAACGUGGCCGGACCGAAACCGGAGGUACCAAUUCGAAACGACGCUCUCCUGCCAUCAAGAACCUACACCGUCGGCUAGGCAAUACACAAGAGCCCAUGUCUCCUGCCAGCGUGCAAAGUUACGAUCCAUUUAGAUCGCCCAAAGCCCAAGGGACAGCCGUUGAAGCCAAGUUCGCACAAAUCACGGUUCAUCAUGCUGUCCCAGAGAUUCCUGAGCGUGGUGAAGUGUCUCCCGUUGGAAAGCCCCCACCUUCUAUUAUGGAAGUAGAAGAGCCAGAGGAUGAGAAUGAAGCGUCCGACUCACCAUUCACUGUUCUCCAAAAGCGAAAACAUAAGCCCAACUCGAUGAAAUCUUUGCAGUCCUCGAAAAUGCCUAAUUCGAGCUCUCGUCUGCCGGGUCUGUCGACACAUUCAACAAGUUACCGUCGCAAUGUGUCAUUCCGACACGCGCGCAAUCGCUCACAGGGGUCGACCAAGCCAAAGCGGAGGAAGACCACGACCAACCAGCAGGGUGAAUUGAAGAGGUCUCCGAGCGCCGCGAGCUUGCAGAUGAUCGCGGAUGGUCUGUCUGUACCUGAUAUGCCCAGCAGUCCACCUCUUCCUGCUCAACCUACAGUUGUUCGAAGUGGCAACAAGGUCAAGAACCUGGAUCCACCCAAAAGGUUCCGUCAACCAGAUAUCGUAUGGAAGGAGGACGCUCGAAAAGUGUCUCAUGAACUGAGUCAGAUCUGUGAAGAAGCCUUCAAUGGCAGCUCCGUGACAACAAUCCGCACAGCUAGUACCAGCACGGAGACUGGAUACGAAACCCCAACAACACCAAUCUCCAUGGCAAGCCCGGAACGCGUUGAUCAGCUUUCAAAUGCUAGGAACAGCUAUCACCCACCUAGGGAGUCGAGUCGAUCUUACAGCAUUCAAGAACUGACGGAGACUCGACAAAAGCUUGUUGACCACAGCUCGGGCCGCACCGACAAUAUUCCUGGCUACUUGUCUGGUGUUAUUGGCCAUCUAGAUCGAUUGAUCGAAGAAGAACAGUCCCAAAAGUUCUCCAAGGGACUGGAAGACAACGAACCUCGUUACGUUGAUCCAUUCUCCAUACCCACUCCUCCUACCGGUGAACUUCCCUUGCCGGCAAUCAGUGAAGAAUUCGCAAGCCCUGUCCGUGGUAGUCCAGAUGAAGUCAGUCCUAAGCGGAAGCCCAAGUUGCGCCAUACCACUCGCCACGGCGAUGGCAAGGCUACCAUCCGAAUGGUCCCACAUAGCUCGCUGCGUUCGAUGGAAGAGGUAAAGCCGUUGAUGAUUCGCAAAAAGAACCAGCUCGCAGAACCAGAAACUCAAAGCACUGAUCCCAUGCGAGCUUUCUCGGCUGGAUCACGACAGAGCCGUAACCCUGGAGGUCUUGACCCUAUCAGUGAAGUCCCAGGAUCCCCCAAGAAAGACGAGAAAAGCACCGAAAACAAGAAGUGGUCAUGGUUUAGAGCCCGGUCUCAGACUUCAGACCCAUUGCCUGCUCUCCCACCCAAAGACACCCCCCAAUUAUCCCGACCACAAUCUCCCACACGGCCCGAAGGAAGGCGGGUUCCUACCCGGAAAACGUCAAUGGAGCGAUUUGGAGGUGCCUUGAAGAAGCUGGUGUCGAAGAAGUCAAACAAGACCCCCCAGCCUGUGAUUGGUAGGUUGAAUCCCCGCAGCUGCACUGGAUUUCCGCUGAGACUGUUUGAAGACAAAGACAGUGCCAACCCCAAGGAUCGCCGUCAGUCAGAACUCCUUUGCAAGGGAUAUCCCGAAACGGACAGUUCUUUCGAGGCCGAUGACCCACAAAACCCGUUCCAUAACAAGCGACGCUCCAUUGCAAACCACAAUUGGUUUGCUCGGAUCUUCCAACUUAAACCGGCGACCCGGGUCAUUGCUCUCAAUACCGGCAAGGUUAAGGGCCGCAAGGUAGUCCAUCAUCUUCUGCUAGAUUGGGAGGACUAUGGAAUGGAGGAUGUGCGUUUGGACAAGGCCAACAGCGUUGUCCACGGUCGUGUGGGCGAGGUCAACUUUCUCCGACUCCGUGAAGUUGAGUUCACUGCAGAGUUCUAUACUGUCCUGGAGCACGGUCGACAGGCCAACUUGAGUCUUGUCAAGUUCAAGCAGGAGCGUGGUGCAGCUUCAUCCUUCAACAAGGUCGUCGACACUGUCCAUCAAAUUAUGAAGUCCCGUGGUCUCAUCGUCGAAGACCCCACGCGAGCAAAGAAAAUGGCUCGCGUACUUGAUACCAUUCCCAGCCCCUGA